AGAGCAUCAGGUCCUAAAGUCGAAGCUCUGGCAGCACCUCCCUGGUGCACUUUCAGGAAACCUCAUCGGACUUUUGCAUCUGGAAGGACGUUUGUGUCUGGAAGGCCUGUGUAAAUGCAAUAAUCUGUGGUGAUGUCUCGGGAGACGAAUGUGGAGUCUCAGCAGCCCCGCGGCAGCGCCUCCCCGCAGUUCCAAGGCGGCUUCUCGCAGUCCCAAGGUCCCUCCUCGCAGCUACACAGCUCUUCUUCACAGUCCCAGGGCACAUCCAGCCAGUCCUCUCACUCCAGCUCUGGCACGCUGAGCUCCUUAGACACAGUGUCCACGCAGGAACUCUAUUCUAUUCCGGAGGACCAAGAACCGGAGGAGCCUGUCCCUGCCCCUUGGGCUCGAUUAUGGGCCCUUCAGGAUGGAUUCUCCAAUCUUGAUUGUAUUAAUGACAGCUACUGGUUUGGGAGGGAUAGAAACUGUGAAUACUGCUUCGAUGAACCCCUGCUGAAAAGCACCGAUAAAUACCGGACGUACAGCAAGAAACACUUUCGGAUCUUCAGAGAAAUGGGUCCUAAAAACUCUUACAUCGCAUACAUAGAAGAUCACAGUGGGAAUGGAACCUUUGUAAAUAGAGAGCUUGUAGGGAAAGGAAGACGCCUUCCUUUGAGUAACAAUUCUGAAAUUGCACUUUCAGUAUGGAGUAAUAAAGUUUUUGUAUUUUUUGAUCUGACUGUAGAUGAUCAGUCAGUGUAUCCUAAGGAAUUAAGAGACGAAUACAUCAUGUCAAAAACUCUUGGAAGCGGUGCCUGUGGUGAGGUGAAGCUAGCUUUCGAGAGGAAGACAUGUAAGAAAGUGGCCAUAAAGAUCAUUAGCAAGAGGAAGUUUGCUAUCGGCUCUGAGAGAGAGGCAGAUCCGGCACUCAAUGUUGAAACAGAAAUAGAAAUUUUGAAGAAACUAAAUCAUCCUUGUAUCAUCAAGAUUAAAGACUUUUUUGAUGCCGAAGAUUAUUAUAUUGUUUUGGAAUUGAUGGAAGGAGGAGAGCUGUUCGACAGGGUGGUGGGGCAUAAACGCCUGAAAGAAGCCACAUGCAAGCUCUAUUUUUACCAGAUGCUCCUGGCCGUGCAGUACCUUCAUGAAAAUGGCAUUAUACAUCGGGACUUAAAGCCAGAGAAUGUUCUACUGUCAUCUCCAAAGGAGGACUGCCUUAUAAAGAUUACUGAUUUUGGGCAGUCCAAGAUUUUGGGGGAGACGUCUCUGAUGAGAACCUUAUGUGGUACCCCCACCUAUCUGGCUCCGGAGGUUCUCAAUUCCUUUGGAACUGCUGGAUAUAACCGUGCUGUGGACUGCUGGAGUUUAGGAGUUAUUCUUUUCAUUUGCCUUAGUGGGUAUCCACCUUUCUCUGAGCAUAAGACUCAAGUGUCAUUGAAGGAUCAGAUCACCAGUGGAAAAUACAACUUCAUUCCUGAAGUCUGGGCAGAGGUCUCAGAGAAGGCUCUGGAUCUUGUCAAGAAGUUGUUGAUAGUGGAUCCAAAGGCGCGUUUUACGACAGAAGAGGCUUUAAGACACCCGUGGCUUCAGGACGAGGACAUGAAGAGAAAAUUUAACAACUUGCUUUCUGAAGAAGAUAAGUUGAUGGCUCUGCCCCAGGUCUCUGCCCAGCCUUCCACAAGUCGAAAGAGGCUUCUUGAAGGGGAAGCAGAGAAUGCCGACCCCACGAAGCGCCUGGCUGUGUGCGCGGCUGUCUCGUGAACACUGGUGGACCACGAAAG